CCUUCCCUUCUACGAAAUGGAAAGGCUCACAGAAGGCGACAGAAACGCACUUUCUUUGGAGGAUUUGAGCUCGAUUUCAACAAAUGUUUCGUACUUCUACCUUAAGAACGAGCUCGGUCUCUCAGAAGAAGCCAUGUGGAAAAUCACAUACGAGGCUGGCUCGGCGUUGGGAAUGACGACAAAUACAAUUCGGCGCAAAGUUGAAGUAUUGCGUGAUACGAUGAGUCUCUCGGACGCCGAGAUAAUUUCUGUAUUGGAGCGACACCCGACCAUCUUACACCUAUCUGCCGACAAAAAUAUAUCUCCCACAAUCCUCUUUCUACUUCGGAUGUUAGAGCUGGGACGAGACGACCUGCGACGCUUAUUUGUUUCAGAGCCAUCGAUUCUUAGCUACACAACUGCUAAUCUCAACUCAAAGAUCAACUUCUUUGUUCGCAUCAUGGGUUACUCGAUUGGAGAAUGCCGCAAAGUCUUACUGGCUGAACCCAAACUAUUGCGUGUUAGCGUACGCACCGGUCUAGUGCCGCGAAUGCGAUUUUUGGUGCGCGACAUGGAAAUUCCAAUGCAGAAUCUGCGUGCUAUAGUGAAAAAGCAUCCUCGAAUUUUGUUGUAUAGCCUCGACGACAACUUGAUACCCAAGCUUAUCUUUUACCUUAUCAUGACUCUCCACAUGGAACUCGACCAAGUCCAGAAGCUCCUUGUCACAUACCCGACCAUCCUCGAAUAUAAUCUGGAUCGUCACAUCUUGCCAAUAACAGAGUUUUUCGUGAAAGACUUGUCCUAUCAACCAGCGGAAUUUCGCAGCAUUCUUUUGAAGUUCCCUCGGCUCAUGACACAUUCGUUGCGCAAGAUCAAACACUUGGUCGGUUACCUUCGCUUUGAGCUAGGGCUGACUGGGUCUCAAGUAAAGCGGGUUUUGUACCAGGCUCCCCAAAUCAUUGGACUCAAUACCGACGUGAGCCUCAAGGCGAAGGUAGAGUUUUUGCGGGAUUCCCUCAAUCUUAGCGACCAUGAGCUUCGCCGGGUGGUUUCGGGUAUGCCAACCUUGCUCGUUCUCAGCAUAGAUGGAAACCUGCGUCCAAAAGCUGAAUAUUUACGCAACUGUUUUGACGGUAACGAGAAAGAUCUACGAGAAACGAUUCUGCGUCUGCCUACGCUUUUGGGGUAUUCAUUGGACAAGCGCAUCCAACCUCGUAUGACAGCAAUCCUACAAAGUGAGCUAAAAGCAGGCUCCAUUACGGUUGGAAUUCCAAUGAAGGAAGACAAAUUUGAUGCAUGGUUAGUGGGACGCAAGCGAGAAAUGAAACAGGGGCUCGCUCGAGCGGAAGGGAAGGCGCUGCCUGCGAUACCAGACCUGUCUGGCCGGAUUGUUCACUGGACCCGAGACCCGUAAUUUAUUUGACAGUGACACCUAAGAUGUUUUCUAUGUUACUGCGAAUAGUAUUUUUUUUCGCUUGCAAACUUGACGAAAAUUUUAAGAUAGCGUGUAUCAAAACAGAAU